UGGAGGAGCAUUAAUGGGAAGCCAUGAAAUUUUCUUGAAGACGCCAACAGCCAACCUCAGUGCAACCCUUGUCUGGCACUAAACUGAUGAGGAGGACCAGCGGUGUAUCAGAGACAGCGAGCAAGAUGGGUAACGCCAUGCGAGGCUUCAUCGCAUUCAUCCCCUCAGAGCGCUGCCAACGCUUCUUAGUGGGGGACCUGAAGGAGAUGCCAUUUGAUCGGACCCUGGACCUGAGCAGCCGGCAGCUGCGUCGGCUGCCUGUUGCUGCCUGUGUCUUCGACGAGCUGGUCAAGCUCUACCUGAGUGACAACAACCUCAGCAGCUUACCAGCUGAACUGCAGGGCCUGAAGAAGCUGCAGCUGCUGGCCCUCGACUUUAACUGCUUUGAGGAGCUCCCUGAAGCUGUUUGCAGAUUGCCCCAGCUCAGCAUCCUUUACCUGGGUAACAACAGGCUUUACCGCCUCCCCAGAGAACUGACAGAACUCAAGGAACUGAAUACUCUGUGGCUGGAGACUAAUUGCUUCACUGUAUUCCCUGAGGUCAUUUGUGAACUCUCUAAUCUAAAAACCCUGCACCUCGGUUAUAACCAGAUAUGGAGUUUACCAAAAGAGCUUAAGAGGCUGGAAGAAUUGAGAAGUAUCUGGCUUGCUGGGAACCAGCUGGCAGAGUUCCCCCCAGUGUUCCUUGAAAUGCACUUCCUAGCUGUCAUUGAUGUGGAUCGGAACAGGAUCCGCCGCUUCCCAGCCCUGUCUCACAUGCAAGGGUUGAAACUUGUCAUCUAUGAUCAUAACCCCUGUGUUAACGCUCCGGCAGUGGCCGAGGGAGUCAGAAGAGUCGGGCGCUGGGCGGACAGCUCUGAUGAUGAGCAGGAAAAUGACGGGUCAAAAGCAGCGAGUGAAACUACAGCAGAGGUCAUGGAAGUACACCCUGAGGAAGAGCACAACAUUUAGGGUCAAGGAACAAAGUGACCUUCAGCUGUGGCUUGGUGGCCUGGCUGUACAGGAUGAUAUUCAAGUGGAACACUUAAAGCCGAGUGGUGUGUUGUACGUCAGGCUGGUGGCGGGUCCAUGUAUGGUAAAGCCAAUCAUAUAACCUAUAAGUAGUCUAAAAACAUGUCCUGCAUGAAAGGGGAAAUUUGAAUCCUGUAUGAAAUGUCAGUGGCAUGUUUGAAUUUGUAAAAACUCUCUAUAUGCCUGUGUCUAUAUGCAGAUUAUCUGUUACUCAAAACGGUUCUUUUUUUACUAUUUUAUUUAAUGGUGCAAGACAUAUAUCUUGGUAAUUUCACAGGUGUUCUUUGAUCUGUGGGAUCGAAACAGUACUGACGAGCAUGUAUUUCUGCUUGAUAAAUUAAGUGGUGUAUUUGCAGGACAGGAACAGAAUAGCAUUCAAAGUUUUCUAUAAAAUUUACUAUGCAGCUAGUUGUUGCUGGGGCUAUACUGUGGUCAGCAGAUACAACACAUAAAUCAAUUACAAGCAUGAGAGGGUACCACCCAAACUCAAAGAUUAAGUGUGAGUUGACUGAGUUCUUACUUUAUAGUGCAGGGAUUGAGAAAAAGAAAAGGAUGCAUUACACAAAUUCUUGUUCCAGGAGAGUCUGAGAUAUUAUCUGUACCUGAUAUUAUCUGUACCUACAGUGAGGUCUUUAAUACCACUGAUGGAUGGUUUAAGUCAAUUAGUGCACUCCUUAUCCAGAGCAAUGCAUAAUUCAUUUGACAGAUUGGGGCUGUGGCUUUAAAUAAAGGCCGCUAAUGGGCCUUAAUAUCAUCGCCAUAAGGUUCUGAUUUGAAACAGAUAAUAAAUGCAGCUUUCCAAUUCCUCAGUGUACCCGGAAAGUGUUUCGUAAACAAGAAUAAAUAUCAAUCCACAAUGUAUAAUUUGGGGCAUUUUGAAUCCUUUAUAACAAAACGUAGGAAACGAAAUUAAAACAGGCUGCAUACCAGCCACUUUUACUGUUAAUCUAAUGAUUUCAAACAGCAUGAACACUGAACUGCUGUUUUCAAGCUUUAAUUCAGCUUCCUGUUAAAAAAAUUCCUGAUCAUCUUAACAAACAAAGAGAUGUAUAUUACCAAAUACAAGCUUUCCAU